ACGGCUGGAGAAGAUCCGGCUCCUGGCGGGAUGGCGGCUAACGUGGCCCCGGACCCCGAGGGGCCCCCCGGGGGAGAGGAAGGCGUCCAGUUCCUCCUCCAAGCAGUAAAUUCACUGUUCUCAGACUAUGGCUGGUACAUCUUUUUCAGUCUUAUUAUUGUUUAUCUACUCGUACAAAAACUCUCAAAAAAUCUUCAAGGCGCUAAGCAAUCCAGCGUGCCCACAACAGCUAUAGAACCAGAUGAUGUGGUUAAACAGCAGGAAGCCCUUCUAGCUGCCCGAAUGAAAAUGCAGGAGCAAUUGAAUGUCCAAGCAGAGAAGUUCAAGGAAAAGCAGAAGAUGCUUGAAGAGGAGAAGAGAAAGCAAAAGAUAGCCAUGUGGGAAAACAUGCAGGAAGGAAAAAGCUACAAGGCGACACUCCAACACAACCAGGAACCCAAGCCUGGCGCCUCCACCUCAACAACUGCUGUAAAGCCAAAACCCAACAGAAAGCCCUUACGAAGCGAUGGUUAUAACCCCUUGUCUGGAGAAGGUGGUGGGACAUGUUCGUGGAGACCAGGACGCCGAGGCCCUUCCUCUGGUGGAUGAGGCUAACUCUCCCGGUGUCUUCCUUUGACACCGGAGGGCAUUAACUCCACCUCGCAACCGGUGGCUGUCUGUGGGUUGCUUACUGUGGGGAUUUUUGGAGAGAAGGGGCAAGAAAGAAGAUGGGUGAUUUUUUUUUUUAUGUGCCAUGCCCGUCUGUGAAUAAGUUUGGAGUUUCAGUUCCCACCAAGUCACGGAAACCUAUGCAAAUGAAGUUCACUGCUGGUUCCCUGUAGCAACCCGCUUUGGAUGACGUGGCCCUUCUAAAUGGUGAGCACACCACCGAGGGCGACUGAAAUUAACAACCACUGAGCGGGGCAGUUCUUGCCAUAUCAUUUCCGCUUUGUAUAACAAAAGUACUGUACAUAGCCUUUGCAAGAGAUCUGUUUCUUUUAGCUUCUUUUCCUACAGAGAAAACGUACAUGCUCUAGUUUAAUAAACGUGUUUUAAGGCUGCAA